GUUUCCCUAUAAAUACGUGUGAUAUGUGCUCAAUAUUCAAUGUGCAAACGGGCAACAUGCGACAAUUAUUUAAGUAUUCUCUAUUAUUCCUGAUGUUCUUGGGUUACGCUGCUGCUCAAGCCGAUAAACAAAACAUAACCAAAAAAGAAGUUAUGUCUCAAACCCCAAAUCAUGUCAAUGUUGACCAAAUUGGUGAUUUUGAAUCGGAAAUAGAAGAGCUCGAAGAAAAAUUUGACAGUUUGGAAAGUUCUCUAGUACCUACUGAUCUCAUCGGAUGGACGGUGUUCCAACGCAGAAAAGAUGGCUCUGUUGACUUUUACAAAGAUUGGAAAGCUUAUCUCGCAGGAUUUGGAGAUCCUGCAAAAGAAUUUUGGUUGGGUCUGAGAGAGAUUUCCAGAUUAAUGAAACUUGGAAAAUACGAAUUACGAAUCGAUCUUCAAGAUUUUGACGGACAUUGGAAAUAUGCUUAUUACAAGUAA